CGGCAAGCGCAUAGGUGCAUGCGUGGAUGUGGGCCCGAAGCACCGACAACCUGGACCAGCCGGGAGAUGGGACCCAGCGGCCGCCCGGGACCACAACCCCUGGCCUCAAGGGCAAGCCAGGCAAAAGGCUGUCGGCCGCCCAGAGCCACUUCCCCAAGCUGGCAGAGUGUGCCCACUUCCACUAUGAGGCUGUCGACUUUGGGAACAUCCAGCUGUCACUGGAGCAGGGGGAAGAGGCCCCAGGGGACGAGGACCCCCUUUUUGUCAUCCAGGUCACCUGCCAGGGCCGGACAUGGCGGGUGCGGCGGAGCUACGAAGAGCUGCGGACACUGGAUGGGCACCUGCACUGUUGCAUCUUUGACCGGCGCUUCUCCCGCCUGCCCCCCCUGCCCCCCGGGCCGCGGGCCCAGGUGGAUAACCAUGGCAACCGGCUGCUGGUGAACGAGGAGGCCUCCAUUAAUGUCCCGGCCAUCGCAGCUGCCCACGUGGUGAAGCGCUACGCGGCCCAGACACCUGGGGAGCUCUCCUUCGAGGUGGGCGACAUCGUGUCAGUCAUUGAUAUGCCGCCAGCGGAGGACACAAGCUGGUGGCGUGGCAAGCACGGCUUCCAGGUCGGGUUUUUCCCCAGCGAGUGUGUGGAGCUGUUCCCCGAUCGCCUGAGCCCAGGGGGCAAAGGAGGGGGCACCACCCCCCCCCCGCCAUGUGUGCCCCCCCCACGCUGGCUGCACCCACCCCUGUGCCCCUCUGCAGCACGGCGCCGGGGCAAGCUGGCAGGGCUGCUGCGUGCCUUCCUGCGUGCCCGGCCCACUCGCCAGCGCCUGCUGCGGAGGGGCUCCACCCCCCUGCGUUGGUUCUGCCCCUGUGCUGACCCCGCCCCUGCCCCCACAGUGCCGGCCGUGCUGCGGUGCUGCGCUGCCUUCAUCGAGCAGCACGGGCUGGUGGAUGGGACCGGGCUCGCCUCCAACAUCCAGCGUCUGAGGCACGAGUUUGACAGCGAGCGGGUGCCGGCGCUGGCCCGGGCGCCGUUCCUGCAGGACGUGCACAGCGUCAGCUCGCUCUGCAAACUCUACUUCCGCGAGCUGCCCGCGCCGCUCCUCACCCACCGCCUGCACCCGCGCUUUGCUGAGGCCAUGGCGGUGUCCAAUGAGGAGGAGCGGCUGGUGAGGAUCCACGAUGUCAUCCAGCAGCUGCCCCCACCCCACUACAGGACGCUGGAGUUCCUGCUGCGGCACUUGGCACGCGUGGCCACGCGGAGCCGUGACACUGGCAUGCACGUGCGCAACCUGGCCAUUGUGUGGGCCCCAAACCUGCUGCGGUCACCAGCACUGGAGGGGGCAGGGGCCGGAGGCGGGGCCGAGGCCUUCCGCGAGGUGCGCAUCCAAUCGCUGCUGGUCGAGUUCCUGCUCAGCCACGUGCACGUGCUCUUCAGCCGCAGCUUCACCUCAGCUGGGCGUGAUGGGCCAGGGCACCCCCCGUUGGCCCGACCCAACUCCCUGCUGUGCUCUGGCACCACCCCCCGGCUUCUGUCGCUCGAGGAGGCCCAGGCUCGCACCCAGGCCCAGGUGCCUGCGCCCGGCCCAGGCAAGGCCCCCCCUGCACCUGACUCUCCGGAGGAGAGGCGCGGGCGCCGGGCACCAGGAGGCGGCUGGAAAACCUUCUUUGCACUGGGCAGGAAGUCCCAACGCCUCGGGGGGCUGCUGGGCCUUGGGGAGACCCGGGCUGGGCUGGGGCCCGACGCUGUCACGCUGCGCUCUGCUAAGAGUGAGGAGUCUCUGACGUCCCAGACCAGCACUGCUGGCCUGGCCCCCCGGACCCGGCUGCGGCGCCCACGCUCUGUGAGUGAGGCCCUGUCAGGUGCGGGGUGCUCUCCGCGGCCCCCCCCACCCAGCCUGUCCUGCGAAUCGCUGGCCUCAUCAGGGGGCUCAGGGGGCGGUGCUGACAGCCCUUCGGCCCCCUCGGACCCCCGCACCUCAGCCUGGCUGGAUGACGGCUCUGACCUGGACCUCAGCCCCCCAGCCUGGCUGGGGGGGGCGCGGGGGCGGGGGCCGGUACCCCCAUAA